AAAAAUAAAACAAGAAAGAAAGAGAGAGUAGGAGUACCAAUCCAAAACCUGCAAGUAGCAGAAUCCAUUUAAGACGCUAACCCUUCCCAUUUAUCUCUCUCUCUCUCUCUGAGAAGAAGAAGAUGAUGAUGGGUGCCCUCUACGGUCGUACAACGACGACAACCCUCUUAUUGGUUCUCCUCAUCGUCUCCUCGGCACACUCCUUCUACCUCCCUGGCGUCGCUCCUCGCGAUUUCCAAACUGGUGAUGCCCUCCCGGUCAAAGUGAACAAAUUGUCAUCUACUAAGACACAACUUCCAUAUGACUACUACUACUUAAACUAUUGUAAGCCCAAGAAUAUUGUGAACAAUGCAGAAAAUUUGGGGGAAGUUCUCCGAGGUGACCGCAUUGAAAAUUCUGUCUAUAACUUCCAAAUGAGGAAAGACGAGUCAUGCAAAGUCGCCUGUAAAGCAAAGCUUAAUGCUGGAUCUGCAAAGAAUUUUAAGGAAAAAAUUGAUGAUGAAUAUCGAGUUAACAUGAUUUUGGAUAACCUUCCAGUUGCUGUUCUUAGACAGAGGAGGGAUGGAAGUCAGUCAACUACUUAUGAGCAUGGUUUCCGUGUUGGGUUCAGGAUUUUGGAUAACCUUCCAGUUGCUGGGAUCAAAGAGGAGAAAUAUUUCAUCCAUAACCACUUGAGCUUCCGAGUCAUGUAUCACAAGGAUCCCGAGACUGAUUCUGCUCGGAUCGUUGGGUUUGAGGUUACUCCAAAAAGCAUUAAUCAUGAAUAUAAGGAUUGGGAUGAUAAGAAUCCUCAACUGACAACAUGCAACAAAGACCCCAAAAAUUUAAUGCAAGGUAGCUUUGUUCCACAAGAAGUUGUCGCAGAUAAGGAGGUUGUUUUUACAUAUGAUGUUUCGUUCAAGGAAAGUGAGAUCAAAUGGGCAUCUCGUUGGGACACAUACCUCCUAAUGAAUGACGAUCAGAUCCACUGGUUCUCCAUCAUAAACUCUUUGAUGAUUGUCCUCUUCCUUUCUGGCAUGGUGGCCAUGAUCAUGAUGAGAACUCUGUACAGAGAUAUUGCCAACUAUAAUCAAUUGGAAACUCAAGAUGAGGCUCAGGAAGAAACGGGAUGGAAACUUGUCCAUGGAGAUGCUUUCAGGCCACCAAUCAAUUCUGGCUUACUUUGUGUUUAUGUUGGUACAGGUGUUCAGAUAUUUGCAAUGACACUUGUGACAAUGAUAUUUGCAUUGCUUGGUUUCUUAUCUCCUUCCAACAGAGGGGGGCUAAUGACUGCCAUGGUUCUCUUGUGGGUUUUCAUGGGCUUAUUCGCUGGUUACUCCUCGGCACGUUUGUACAAAAUGUUCAAGGGAACAGAGUGGAAGAGGAAUACCUUGAAAACUGCAUUUAUGUUUCCGGGCAUUCUCUUUGCAGUAUUCUUUGUUCUUAAUGCCCUGAUCUGGGGGGAGCAAUCUUCUGGGGCUGUGCCUUUUGGAACAAUGUUUGCUCUUGUCUGCUUAUGGUUUGGUAUAUCAGUGCCCUUGGUCUUUGUGGGCAGUUACUUGGGUUUUAAAAAACCAGCUAUUGAAGACCCUGUGAAGAGUAACAAGAUUCCUAGGCAAAUACCAGAGCAAGCGUGGUACAUGAAACCAGUCUUUUCUAUACUCAUUGGAGGCAUUCUUCCAUUUGGGGCUGUUUUCAUUGAGCUAUUCUUCAUCUUGACGUCAAUAUGGCUGAACCAGUUCUAUUACAUCUUUGGCUUCCUUUUUAUAGUGUUCGUUAUUCUUCUAAUCACUUGUGCGGAGAUAACGGUUGUGCUCUGCUACUUCCAGUUGUGCAGUGAAGACUACCACUGGUGGUGGAGAUCCUACCUAACUGCUGGAUCCUCUGCACUCUACCUUUUCCUCUACUCUGUCUUCUAUUUCUUCACGAAAUUGGAGAUCACGAAGCUGGUUUCAGGCAUCCUUUACUUUGGGUACAUGAUAAUUGUAUCAUAUGCUUUCUUUGUCGUGACCGGCACUAUUGGCUUCUAUGCAUGCUUCUGGUUUGUUCGGAAAAUCUACUCGUCUGUUAAAAUUGACUGAUCUGAAGAUGCCGAAAUAGGGUCACACAGAUGAAGAUGAAUUACAGACCAUAAGGGAAGCAGAGAAGGGAUAAAGGUUGAAGUGAAAUUUUCUUCCCGCUCACCAAAACCCUUUUUGUUUUUUUGUUUUUUUUGUUGAUGGUAGCAUAGGGCAUAGGGCUUGGCCUGUUAUUUUGUUUACACCUUCAUUAAUGUCGUGAACUGUGCCUUUGUAGUGUUCUUGCAAGAAAGCUUGAGUAGCAACCUUGAUGUAUGGAUACUUCUAUCAUGUCUAUAUGGUUAAAUCACAAUUUCAACUACCAAAUCUUUGAUGA